CGAGGCCCUCACACCUCAUUUAAGGAAGGAGGCGUCAGGGGCGACCGGCCAGGUGUCCCGGCGCCUUCCCGCCGCUUCUCAGCCGUGGAAGCGCGGGCAUCUGAGCACGUGGAGCCGCCCCAGGCCGCCCCGCACACCCCUCCCGCCAGAUGUAGUCCAGGCCCAGCUGGGCCCGCGCAGGGAUCCCCAGCACGGCCACCUGACUGAGUGCUGGGCGUGCUGCGGCCCGCUGCUUCUGCCUCCGCAGCCGGCGCUGCGGCCAGAGGAAGGCGCCCGCCAAGCACACGGGCCCCGGGAGCGCACUGCGGCCAUUAUCCGCGGCGCCUCCUAGUGGGUCAAUGGCAAAUCCGCCUGGUUCUCGCGAGAGCUCCCCCCUUCAGUGGGGAUUAUAUAAUUUCCCUCAGGCGGGGGUGGGGGUGCUGAGAGCACCCUCCCUCAGGAAAAGUUAGGUGCAAACACAGGUGGGAGUGAGAGGAACCCCCCCUGGGGAAAAAGGGGUUAGGGGUGCUGUCUCCACUGCCCCCCCUACUUAGCUGGACAAUGAGUCCUCUUAUGCUAAUGAGGCACUUACGUCACUUCCGCUCUUUCUCGGCCGCCAUUUUGGCUAGGGCAGGUUCGGGGACUCGGUCCGAGGCGCUUGUAUUGUCUGCUGAGGGGAGACGCGGGAUCAGCCCCCUCCCCCGCCCGUUGCCGCCGCCGCCUCCGCCGGCCCGGUCUCCCCUCCGCCGCCCGCCGGGAUCCAUGAGCUGAACUCCCGCCCCCCCGGCCGCCGCCAUCUUGUGCCCCCUCCCCCUCCCGCAGGCAGCGCUAAGGGGGAUUUUGGCGUCUUCUCAGACACAGCUCCCUCUCUCGGUCCCCGCUGCUGAGGAGCGAGAGGAGCGCGGCCGCCGCCGCCCGCGCCGGUGAAGCCGCCUCUCCCACACCCUCCGUCUCCUCCCUCCGCCCCUCCUUUGUCUGCACCGCUCGACGACGCCGCCGCCGCCCGCCGCUCUGCUGCGCCCGCCGCGCCCCCCGGCAGCACCCGCGGCCGCGGCGCGAGCCGGAGUCCGCCGAGCCGGAGCGCGACGAGGCCCCGGGCGCGCCCUCCCCGCUGUCGCCACCGCUGUGCCGCCGCCAUCCGCCCGCCGCCGCCGCCGCCGCCGUCCGGCCCCCGAGCACGCCGGCCCCGCGCGCGCCUCGAGGCCGAGUCAAGGUGUGAGAUGCACAAUGCGAAACCUAGGCCCCAGCUUUUACACCAUGAUGCGCAGGGUUGUACUUUUUGUACUGAACUGAUAGGUGGCCUAGUGGUUAUGCCCUGUACUACCAUUUUGAGGAUCUGGACUCCGUUUCCUGCCUUGCUCUUUGGACCACAUUGUCAAUUCACACCGAAACUAUGUUCCAACUUCCUGUCAACAAUCUUGGCAGUUUAAGAAAAGCCCGGAAAACUGUGAAAAAAAUACUUAGUGACAUUGGGUUGGAAUACUGUAAAGAACAUAUAGAAGAUUUUAAACAAUUUGAACCUAAUGACUUUUAUUUGAAAAACACUACAUGGGAGGAUGUAGGCCUGUGGGAUCCUUCACUUACGAAAAACCAGGACUAUCGGACAAAACCUUUCUGCUGCAGCGCUUGUCCAUUUUCCUCAAAAUUCUUCUCUGCCUACAAAAGUCAUUUCCGAAAUGUCCAUAGUGAAGACUUUGAAAAUAGGAUUCUCCUUAAUUGCCCCUACUGUACCUUCAAUGCAGACAAAAAGACUUUGGAAACACACAUUAAAAUAUUCCAUGCUCCAAACGCCAGCGCACCAAGUAGCAGCCUCAGCACUUUCAAAGAUAAAAACAAAAAUGAUGGCCUUAAACCUAAGCAGGCUGACAGUGUAGAGCAAGCUGUUUAUUACUGUAAGAAGUGCACUUACCGAGAUCCUCUUUACGAAAUAGUUAGGAAGCACAUUUACAGGGAACAUUUUCAGCAUGUGGCAGCACCUUACAUAGCAAAGGCAGGAGAAAAAUCACUCAAUGGGGCAGUCCCCUUAGGCUCAAAUGCCCGAGAAGAGAGUAGUAUUCACUGCAAGCGAUGCCUUUUCAUGCCAAAGUCCUAUGAAGCUUUGGUACAGCAUGUCAUUGAAGACCAUGAACGUAUAGGCUAUCAGGUCACUGCCAUGAUUGGGCACACAAAUGUAGUGGUUCCCCGAUCCAAACCCUUGAUGCUAAUUGCUCCCAAACCUCAAGACAAGAAGAGCAUGGGACUUCCACCAAGAAUCGGUUCCCUUGCUUCUGGAAAUGUCCGGUCUUUACCAUCACAGCAGAUGGUGAAUAGACUCUCAAUACCAAAGCCUAACUUAAAUUCUACAGGAGUCAACAUGAUGUCCAGUGUUCACCUGCAGCAGAACAACUAUGGAGUCAAAUCUGUAGGCCAGGGUUACAGUGUUGGUCAGUCAAUGAGACUGGGUCUAGGUGGCAAUGCACCAGUUUCUAUUCCUCAACAAUCUCAGUCUGUAAAGCAGUUACUUCCAAGUGGAAAUGGAAGGUCUUAUGGGCUUGGGUCAGAGCAGAGGUCCCAGGCACCAGCAAGAUACUCACUGCAGUCUGCUAAUGCCUCUUCUCUCUCAUCGGGCCAGUUAAAGUCUCCUUCCCUCUCCCAGUCACAGGCAUCCAGAGUGUUAGGUCAGUCCAGUUCCAAACCUGCUGCAGCUGCCACAGGCCCUCCCCCAGGUAACACUUCCUCAACUCAAAAGUGGAAAAUAUGUACAAUCUGUAAUGAGCUUUUUCCUGAAAAUGUCUAUAGUGUGCACUUCGAAAAAGAACAUAAAGCUGAGAAAGUCCCAGCAGUAGCCAACUACAUUAUGAAGAUACACAAUUUUACUAGCAAAUGCCUCUACUGUAAUCGCUAUUUGCCCACAGAUACUCUCCUCAACCAUAUGUUAAUUCAUGGUCUGUCUUGUCCAUAUUGCCGUUCAACUUUCAAUGAUGUGGAGAAGAUGGCCGCGCACAUGCGGAUGGUUCACAUUGAUGAAGAGAUGGGACCUAAAACAGAUUCUACUUUGAGCUUUGAUUUGACAUUGCAGCAGGGUAGUCACACUAACAUCCAUCUCCUGGUGACCACAUACAAUCUGAGGGAUGCCCCAGCUGAAUCUGUUGCUUACCAUGCCCAAAAUAACCCUCCGGUUCCUCCAAAGCCACAGCCAAAAGUUCAGGAAAAGGCAGAUAUCCCUGUUAAAAGUUCACCUCAAGCUGCAGUGCCCUAUAAAAAAGAUGUUGGGAAAACCCUUUGUCCUCUUUGCUUUUCAAUCCUAAAAGGACCCAUAUCUGAUGCACUUGCACAUCACUUACGAGAGAGGCACCAGGUUAUUCAGACGGUUCAUCCAGUUGAGAAAAAGCUCACCUACAAGUGUAUCCAUUGCCUUGGUGUGUAUACCAGCAACAUGACCGCCUCGACUAUCACUCUGCAUCUAGUUCACUGCAGGGGUGUUGGAAAGACCCAAAAUGGCCAGGAUAAGACAAAUGCACCCUCUCGGCUUAAUCAGUCUCCAAGCCUGGCACCUGUGAAGCGCACUUAUGAGCAAAUGGAAUUUCCCUUACUGAAAAAACGAAAAUUAGAUGAUGAUAGUGAUUCACCCAGCUUCUUUGAAGAGAAGCCUGAAGAGCCUGUUGUUUUAGCUUUAGACCCCAAGGGUCAUGAAGAUGAUUCCUAUGAAGCCAGGAAAAGCUUUCUAACAAAGUAUUUCAACAAACAGCCCUAUCCCACCAGGAGAGAAAUUGAGAAGCUAGCAGCCAGUUUAUGGUUAUGGAAGAGUGACAUUGCUUCCCAUUUUAGUAACAAAAGGAAGAAAUGUGUCCGUGAUUGUGAAAAGUACAAGCCUGGCGUGUUGCUGGGGUUUAACAUGAAAGAAUUAAAUAAAGUCAAGCAUGAGAUGGAUUUUGAUGCUGAGUGGCUAUUUGAAAAUCAUGAUGAGAAGGAUUCCAGAGUCAAUGCUAGUAAGACUGCUGACAAAAAGCUUAACCUUGGGAAAGAAGAUGACAGUUCCUCAGACAGUUUUGAAAAUUUGGAAGAAGAAUCCAAUGAAAGUGGUAGCCCUUUUGACCCUGUUUUUGAAGUUGAGCCUAAAAUCUCUAACAGUAACCCAGAGGAACAUGUACUGAAGGUAAUUCCUGAGGAUGCUUUAGAAUCUGAGGAGAAGCUAGACCAAAAAGAGGAGGAUGGUUCAAAAUACGAAACUAUUCAUUUGACUGAGGAACCAACCAAACUAAUGCACAAUGCUUCUGAUAGUGAGGUUGACCAAGACGAUGUUGUUGAGUGGAAAGACGGAGCUUCUCCAUCUGAGAGUGGGCCUGGAUCCCAACAAGUGUCAGACUUUGAGGACAAUACCUGUGAAAUGAAACCAGGAACCUGGUCUGAUGAGUCUUCCCAAAGUGAAGAUGCAAGGAGCAGUAAGCCAGCUGCCAAAAAAAAGGCUACCAUGCAAGGUGACAGAGAGCAGUUGAAAUGGAAGAAUAGUUCCUAUGGAAAAGUUGAAGGAUUUUGGUCUAAGGACCAGUCACAGUGGAAGAAUGCAGCUGAGAAUGAUGAGCGCUUAUCUAACCCCCAGAUUGAGUGGCAGAAUAGCACAAUUGACAGUGAGGAUGGGGAACAGUUUGACAACAUGACUGACGGAGUAGCUGAGCCCAUGCAUGGCAGCUUAGCCGGAGUUAAACUGAGCAGCCAACAGGCCUAAGUGCCAGGUUCCUUGGCGUUGGUGACAUGCUGCAGCCUGGAACUCUGAUCUCCAUUCAGUGUGACUGCAAAGCUGUCUUCUCACUGGUACUGCCUUGUGAGUACUGGUUGGACCGGGGGGCAUGUGGCCGCUGCAGUUCCAGUGGUUAUUUCUAAGUCUAUGACACGACAGGCUGAUCUUGCUUCAGAACCUUCUCUGACAGACACGGUAACUAAAUGUGAAAAACCAAUAAGCUGGUGGCUCAUGAAUACAUACGAGGAAAAGCAGAGGUUUAUUUUAUCUGCCUUUUCAACAUUUCUUUCCCUCUGUGAAAUGAUUGGUCAGAUGUCUUUGAGAAGCGUUAACCUAAUUCACAUGGUAGUGUAGGGCCAACAUACAAGCUACCAGUCUAAUGUGUAUAGUAGACUUUGGGAAAAGCGAUUUUUUUUCAUGUAUUCAUUCUGAAUAGUUGAAAUGUAUAUUUGUACAGUCUUUUAGACCUAUUCAAGUGAUGCUCAUGAUACUGUUAUUGUGUGCCCAUUAUAGAUUUCUUUUUUUAGUGUUGCCCUUGCUGUGUAAUAAACGCUAUAUCUAGUUUACCUAGCAAAAGCUCAAAACUGCGCUAGUAUGGACUUUUGGACAGACUUAGUUUUUGCACAUAACCUUGUACAAUCUUGCAACAGAGGCCAGCCACGUAAGAUAUAUAUCUGGACUCUCUUGUAUUAUAGGAUUUUUCUUGUUCUGAAUAUCCUUGACAUUACAGCUGUCAAAAACAAAAACUGGUAUUUCAGAUCUGUUUUCUGAAAUCUUUUAAGCUAAAAUCACAUGCAAGAAUUGACUUUGCAGCUACUAAUUUUGACACCUUUUAGAUCUGUAUAAAAGUGUGUUGUGUUGAAGCAGCAAACCAAUGAGUGCUGCAUUUUGGAUAUUUAGUUUUAUCUUUAGUUCAACACCAUCAUGGUGCAUUCAUUUAUACCAUCUAAUAUAUGACACACUGUUGUAGUAUGUAUAAUUUUGUGAUCUUUAUUUCCCUUUGUAUUCAUUUUAAGCAUCUAAAUAAAUUGCUGUAUUGUGCUUAAUGUAAAUAUUUGCUUUAUUACCCAUGACAGUCCUGUGUGUCCAUUAUAUCUUUUGCCAUUUAAUGCCAUAACUCUUUCAUCAGAGAUGGCAGCCACAGUCACAGAGGAAACUUGUGGAAAACCCAAGAUCUGUCGUCUGCAUAAAGAAUGCUUUCUCUUGAGGCACCUGGUACAAAAUCUGUUUUGCGUUUUUUUUUGUUUUGUUUUGUUUUGUUUUGUUUUUCUCUUUUAACUGAAAAAUAGACACCCUGGAGUUUUUCAGUUCACCUUUUGUUAAGGAGCAGAGCCUGGAUAUAUAUGUAAAUGUCUCAGUGAUUUAAAAAAAAAAACAAAUGUAAACAUGGAUUGGCAUUAAUUUGCAAGCAGAAUCUUAAUAGCCUGAUGGGUUGUUUGUUUGUUUUUUUUCCUUGUAGAUGAAGUUCAGUGUUCGUUUUCACCUCACACUGGGAACAGUUGUAGUGCAGGCAGCUCUGCCUCUGUACCACUCUUGGCCAUCUUGCUAUUAAGGGAAAGGCUUUGAAGAGCACACACUUACAGGGCUGUAAAGAUGGAAGGAGCUGGUAUUUUUACCAUGCGUAGAUUCCCAAGAGCAACUUGUACUAAAAAGCAGAAGGUUACAAGGAAGCAGAAUUAGGCCAGCAUUUCCAGCAAUGAAAACGAUGGGAUGCUGCAGUCCAUGAGGAGGCUGGUCAGUCACCUGUCAAGGAUACUGGUGUAAAGAAGUCUGAAGUGGCUGAUGUCCAUAACUUCUGAGUCCCUUUCCAAAAGACUCUUGUUAAUGCUGUUACCAGAGAGUAGAGAUUUGACCAGCCUCUCCCUAAAAUGUUAAGCUUCUCAACAACAGUACAGGAACAAGUGCAAGAAUAGAUUAGAACCUUUAAGGAAUUUGGGGCUGGAACGGAGCUACGUUACAUCUGUUGUUAUACAGGUAGAUUAUAAAUUCUACAUGCGCCAGCCAAAACUUAGGACAGGAUGUCCCCAAAUUAAGAUGCUGUAGAUUACCAAAUCAGAAAUACCAGCUGGAUUUAGGCCAGCUCACGUUUAUUUGGAAGUUACCCUCCCUGGUUAACAGGCUUCUGAGUUGUACGUGGAGGACUAAUGAGACUCGUACAAGACACCACAGGGCUUGGGGUCCAGGUCCCAGUUGGCUUUCGGAGUAGAGACAGAUCAGUGUGUUUCCUCAUUAAGGUGGUGGGAGUGUGCCUUUUGGCAUUCAGAAAAGGGUUUAGCCACCCUAAGAGUUGGAAAUAAAGAUUCCCAACUGGAAAUGUUGCAGAAUCCCUAAAAGUGUCUCAAUAAAAGCCAUUUUAAAAGAA